CUGACUUUUGAUCAGUACCUGGUGGCCUCGACCACUAAUUUUGGUUCGGCCAUGGACGACGGCUCCGGCUCAAUUCCGACCGAAGAUAGACCCGGUCUUCUGCCGCUCUUCGCCACGUCCCCGCCUCCUCCGGUAGAGGAGAUUCUGGAAGAGAAGCUGAGGCGGGUGCGCGAGGAGAACCGGCGGCUGGCCAGCAAGCUUGGCGCCAUACUCGCUGAUCACCCCCGCCUGCGUGCUCUAGCGACGUCGCCGCCAGCCUCCGUCGCAACGGGCAGCGGGUUCGCCUCAGCCGCCAAUGCAGCGAGAGAGGAACAGGCCGCCGGCGUGACGGCGGAGCCGCGGCCAAAGGUCAGGACGGUCCGCGUCCGCGCGGAGCCGUCGAACCCGGAUGCCAACCUCGCCGUGAAGGACGGGUACCAGUGGAGGAAGUACGGGCGGAAGGUGACCCGCGACAACCCGCACCCCAGAGCCUACUACCGCUGCGCAUUUGCAACAUCUUGUCCCGUAAAGAAGAAGGUGCAGAGAUGAGAGGAUAGGUCAAUGCUAGUGGCGACCUACGAGGGCGAGCACAACCACGGUCAAUCACCGGAGAGAGAAUUCAUCGGCAACGGGUCGACAGACCAGGCCGGGUCGCGGCCAUGCUCGAUUGGUAUCAACUCGUUAUGCCGAACGACCAUGCUUGAUCUGACGAACCAAGGGUCAGGAUCAAGCAUGGAAGGCAUAGCUAGAGGGGUUGUCACACCUGAGUUUCACAAGCUUUUGGUUGAGAAAAUGGUGGAUUCUCUUAAGAAUGACGCCGAGUUUAUGGGGGCACUCACGAGCGCCGUGGCGGAGAAAGUGGUGGAAAGAAUACUAGACCGGUUAUGAGUGUUCAAAUACAUGGUACAUUCCUGGUUCCCAAAUGUUGAUACCAAUUUUGAUGUUAUAUUUGGACCAGUAAACUACUUAAGGCAUACUAAUUUUACGCUUCAUUAUAAUUGUGGAAAUAAUACUUCCUCCGUACUAUAUUAAGUGCCGAAAUAUUACAUGUAUCUAGAUGUAUUUUCGUAUAUAAAUACGUCCAUUUUCAGACAAAUUUGAUUCACUUAAUAUGAGACGGAGGGAGUACAAUAAUUUUUUUAGUUUCUAUAAAACCCGAUGCCACAUCAUCAUAAUCUUCCUUUAGAGCAUCUUCAACAAGUCCCGUAAACAGGUCCCCUAUCCUAUUUUUAGGGGCCGAUGCUAAAAAAACGUCUUCAGCAGGGCCCCUA